UGGUUGCAGAAUUUGGAGUUUGCUAAACAGUGUUUAGUGAUUGGGCUCAUCUUGCAUCACCAGUUGAUGACAUUUUUCUUUGUUCCCUCCUACCCAGUUGAACCAAGACUCUGAGGCUGAUAUGCAAUGUCACUUACAACAUUAAUCAGAUACUGCAUUUAAGGUCUUGAUGUGGAGGAGAUGGAGGACUCAGAACCAAGAAUUUCCAAGUGAUUCCUUCCAAAGCACAAGAAACUAACUGUUAGUGCUGGUGUGUUCUAACUGAGAUGACAGUCAUGUCCCUUUCCAGGGACCUCAAGGACGACUUGCACAGUGACACAGUGCUCUCCAUCUUAAAUGAGCAGCGCAUUCGGGGCAUUUUGUGUGAUGUCACAAUUAUUGUGGAAGACACCAAAUUUAAAGCACACAGCAAUGUCCUAGCUGCUUCAAGCCUUUAUUUCAAAAAUAUCUUUUGGAGCCAUACGAUCUGUAUUUCCAGCCAUGUCCUGGAACUGGAUGAUCUCAAAGCUGAAGUGUUUACAGAAAUCCUUAAUUAUAUCUACAGCUCCACAGUUGUCGUCAAGAGACAGGAAACAGUCACCGAUCUUGCAGCUGCAGGAAAAAAGCUGGGAAUAUCCUUCUUGGAAGAUCUUACUGAUCGCAACUUCUCAAAUUCCCCUGGUCCCUAUGUAUUCUGCAUUACCGAAAAGGGAGUGGUUAAAGAAGAAAAAAAUGAAAAAAGGCACGAAGAGCCUGCUAUCACCAACGGGCCAAGGAUCACCAAUGCAUUUUCCAUCAUUGAGACAGAAAAUAGUAAUAACAUGUUUUCUCCACUGGACUUGAGGGCAAGUUUCAAAAAGGUCUCUGACUCCAUGAGAACCGCUAGCCUCUGCCUAGAGAGGGCCGACGUGUGUCACGAGGCGGAGCCCGUCCGCACCCUAGCGGAGCACUCGUAUGCCGUUUCUUCCGUGGCUGAGGCCUACAGAAAUCAGCCUGCCCGUGAACAUGACAGCAGCUCCCCUGCUAAGACAGGUAAAGAAAAUUGUGAGGCUCUUGCAGCAAAACCGAAAACAUGCCGAAAGCCAAAGACAGUGUCCAUACCCCCGGAUUCUGACUCAGCUACAGACAAUAUACCACUCCCUCCGGUAACCAGCUUAGAGGUUCAUCAAGAAAGAAGCCCACAGCCGGCUGCAGUCCUGCCUCGUUCGAAAUCUCCCAACAACGAAGGAGAUGUCCGUUUUUCCAAGGAAGAUGCAAAUAAAUCCUCGGAUGUUCCUGGGCCACCGGCGGCAGAGGUCCCGCCUCUCGUUUACAAUUGUAGCUGUUGUUCCAAAUCCUUUGACAGUAGCGCCCUGCUCAGUGCCCACAUGCAGCUUCACAAGCCAACCCAGGAGCCUUUGGUGUGCAAGUACUGCAACAAGCAGUUCAGCACUCUGAACAGGCUGGAUCGGCACGAGCAGAUUUGUAUGCGGUCCAGCCACAUGCCUGUUCCUGGAGGAAACCAGCGCUUUUUAGAAAACUAUCCUACCAUUGGACAGAAUGGUAGCUCAUUCACGGGUCCAGAACCUCUGUUGUCUGAAAACAGGAUCGGUGACUUUUCCAGUACCGGAAGCACCUUGCCAGAAACGGACCACAUGGUUAAAUUUGUGAACGGGCAGAUGCUCUACAGUUGUGUUGUAUGCAAACGGAGUUAUGUAACUUUGUCCAGCCUCCGAAGGCAUGCAAAUGUUCACUCGUGGAGAAGAACCUAUCCUUGCCAUUACUGCAACAAAGUAUUUGCAUUGGCCGAGUACAGGACAAGACAUGAAAUUUGGCACACAGGAGAAAGGCGCUAUCAGUGCAUUUUCUGCCUUGAAACUUUCAUGACCUACUAUAUUCUCAAGAACCAUCAGAAGUCUUUCCAUGCCAUAGAUCAUAGACUUUCCAUCAGUAAAAAAACAGCCAAUGGAGGCCUGAAGCCUAGCGUCUAUCCAUAUAAACUUUACAGGCUACUGCCUAUGAAAUGCAAGAGGGCUCCUUAUAAAAGCUACCGAAAUUCUUCCUAUGAAAAUGCCCGAGAGAACAGUCAGAUGAAUGACUCUGCAGCUGGCCCCUAUGUUAUUCAGAAUCCACACAGCUCUGAGUUACCAACACUGAAUUUCCAGGACCGCGUAAACACCUUGACCAACAGUCCCGCCAUCCCCCUGGAAACGUCUGCACGUCAGGAGGUACCCACUUCUGCCAACGUACAGAACGCAGAGGGGACCAAAUGGGGAGAGGAAACGUUGAAAGUGGACCUCGACAAUCACUUUUAUUCCGCCGAGGUGUCUGUUUCUUCCACGGAGAAUGCCGGCAGCUCUGACCUGCCGGGAGGGGAUGUACCUGUUUCAUCUCUGAGUAACGGCAGUGAGCACGCAGCCUCUGUGAUCAGCUACAGUGGCUCAGCACCCUCGGUCAUUGUGCACAGUAGCCAGUUCUCAUCGGUGAUAAUGCACAGCACGGCCGUGGCCGCCGUGGCCAGCAGCAACCACCGAGCCCCUUCAGACCCAGCUGUCAGUCAGGCCCUGAAAGACGACAGCAGACUUGAGCCUGAUAAAGUGAGCAGAGUGGUCAGCAGGCCUAAGAGCAUCAAGGAGAAAAAGAAAACCGUGCUGUGUAACAAGGCAGAGGUAGCAGACGAGUCCAAGUACGUGGCUGAUCCUGGAGGGUCACUGAGCAAAACCACAAAUGUUAAAGAAACCAGUAAAAUCGAAACCUACAUUGCAAAGCCCGCUCUGCCUGGAACCUCUACAAACAGCAACGUCGCGCCCCUGUGCCAGAUAACGGUGAAAAUCGGAAACGAAGCCAUCGUGAAAAGGCACAUCCUGGGAUCUAAGCUGUUCUAUAAAAGAGGAAGAAGACCCAAGUACCCGAUGGAGGAGGAGGCUUUGCCACAGGAGAGUGACCCGGAAACCAACAGAGCCAGCCCCCUCGGGCUCUGCCAGUCCGAGUGUGUGGAAAUGAACGAAAUGUUUGACGAUGCCAGUGACCAGGAUUCCACCGACAAGCCCUGGCGUCCUUACUACAACUACAAACCCAAAAAGAAAUCCAGACAGCUGAGAAAAAUGAGGAAGGCCAACUGGAAGAAAGAGCAUGAAAACAGGAGCCCAAGCAGUAAGUGCAGAUACCCAGCAGAACUGGACUGUGCCGUGGGGAAGGCUCCCCAGGAGAAGGCCUUCGAGGAAGAAGAAAAUAAGGAGAUGCCCAAGCUGCAGUGUGAACUCUGUGAUGGAGACAAAGCCUCGGGGGCGGGGAAUCAAGGGAGGCCCCACCGGCAUCUCACUGCGAGGCCGUACGCCUGCGAGUUCUGUGCCAAGCAGUUCCAGAGCCCGUCCACCCUCAAGAUGCACAUGAGGUGUCACACCGGAGAGAAGCCGUACCAGUGCAAGACCUGUGGGCGGUGCUUUUCGGUGCAGGGAAACUUGCAGAAACACGAACGCAUCCACCUGGGCGUGAAGGAGUUCAUCUGUCAGUACUGCAACAAGGCAUUCACGCUGAACGAGACCCUCAAGAUCCACGAAAGGAUCCACACAGGCGAAAAGCGUUACCACUGUCAGUUCUGCUUUCAGAGCUUUUUGUACCUUUCCACAAAAAGGAAUCACGAGCAGAGGCACAUUUGGGAGCAUGACGGGAAGGGCUAUGCCUGCUUCCAGUGCCCCAAAAUUUGCAAAACAGCUGCUGCCCUUGGAAUGCACCAGAAGAAACACUUAUUCAAAAGUCCAAGUCAGCGGGAGAAAGUAGAAGGUGACAUGUGCCAGGAGAACUCAAACCCCCUGGAGAACCCACAUGUCAAUGACUCAGAAGACAGUGACCAAAAGGAUAACGUACAAACCAUUGUUGAAAAUGUCCUUUGAGUGGCGAUACUUAGAAAAGUCUUCAAAAAUAUAAGUUGCAUUGCCAUCAAAGUCCAGUUGCCCUGUAGGGCAUGUGGACUAGGUUCUGGGAAGCUGGAACUCAUCAUUCUUAUAUUUAAACUGCCAGGAUAGGAGGGAGAGAGAAAACAUUCCUACCCUUUGAUCAGCAGUGUGAACAGAAUCCGGAACCUGGUUUAAGGGUGACCUACAGCCAUUCAUGUUCAUGGGAUUUGAUAGAUGGAAGCCCAAGGUUAUCCAAGGUUGCAAGGUCACCAUUAUGAAGAAGUAGUUCAAAGGACUCCAGUUCCUCUCUCCAAGUAUUGUGAUAUCUCCACGAAGAAGACUUAAUGUGGAUUUGGGUGGGCAAGAAAACGUUUAAACACCCAGAGAAGGACAUGAUCAGAGCUGACCUUUUUAUAUAGUAGUAUUUUGCUGUUAAGUAACCCCAGUACUGCAUCUGCAUUUAUCUUUUGUUCAUCUGCUUUCACUUACAUACAGUAUUAUGUAAUAGAGGAAAAUGGGAAAAUGCAAGCAAAUUCAACCUUAUUUUAAUACAUUGUAUAUAUGUAUACCUGCAUUAUUCAUUUGGGUUUUGUUCAAAGAGAUAGUCACAAAGGGCUUAUGAAAAUCAUUUCUGAAUUGAUAAUUAGAAUAAUGAAUAGGCAAUUCUGUGAUCUACUAAUUUGUUUUAUCUCAAUUAGGAUUAUUAAUCAAAGAGAAUUACUGUGUAUUUCAGUCAUUUUGAUUUGGGGUAACUCUAAAUAUAAAAUUAUUACAUGUAGUGAUGUCUCCCAGCCCUUACAUGUGGAAAUUUUUUAAGUGGACUUGUAUGCUGAUAAUUCUAGACCAAAGUAAAUAUGGCAGAAUAUUUAUACAUGAAAAAAUAAUUUUGCAAAUAUUUUCUAUAAUUGUAUUAUUCGUUUAAAAUGUUGAUAGCUUGUGUUAGUUUCAGGGAGGGGUGUAUAUUUUGAUAAAAAAAUACUUGACUUUGUAAUUCUGUAUAUUCUAUACAAUUUAUAGCAGAGCCGUUUUAAGACAGCCUUGUCACAUUUUUUUUUGUUAAUUGUGAAAACUUUAUCAUGAGUGAUGUUUAAGUAUGCAUUGAGUACAUAACGACCAACUAGAAUUAAAGUAGGUGUAAACAGUGAACAUACUGUAUGCUGUACAAGAUAUAUUGUAAUUCGCCGUUUUAGCAUCUGUAUUUUGGUUAGAAGAUAUUAUUAAAUGCAGAUGUUAAGGGUUGGAAAAGUCUAAUUUUAUUUUUAGAAAUAAUGAAUACAAAUUUGGUUUUGCUUGAUUAAAAUAGCUUAUUCCUAUGUUAAGUCUCUUAAAUGUUUUAAUGUUAAUUCUUUUGUGCAGCCAAGCAGCAGUUUCCUCUUUGUGAGUCACAGCCUUGUUUCACAUAUCAUUCACUUAAUAUAUUUCUGUUUCCUUACUUGUUUGCAUUCCAUGAUACCUACUUACAUGCUUAGGACCCAAACGGAAUAUACAUUUAAAAAAAAAAAAAAAAAGGGCAGAAUAAGAGAGCUGGAAGUCUUCUUAUCACUCGGUGCUUUGGGUAGGCCUGACCUUGGCGUGUGGAAUCCAAGAGCCCUGGACGUGUCUCUGCCCCAGGAGACAAAUUCCACUUGGUACCAGGUGCUUGGCACUGUUCUUCCCCUGGGCCGUUUCAUUCGGGUCUUUCCCGACAAGCCUGGGAAGUCAUCCUCACUAUCCACAUUUUAUAGCGACUUUGAGAAGAUCCCACAGCCAGACAGAGCCAGGAUUCCAACCCAGGGCUUCGUGACUUCAGAGCCCAUGUCUUCGUUUCUUCUCAGCACCUUAGAGGAAACUGCUUCCUGGAAACUGAGCGGAGAGUA